AUGAGUUACCAGAAGGUGCAUCAAGAACCUUACCCUCCACCAGGGUACGGAACUUAUCCGCCACCUGGGUACCCGUCGGCACCACCACAACCGCCACACGAGGGGUACCCAUAUCCACCACCGGGAUAUUAUCCACCACCUCAAAGGCCUGGAGACACUUAUCAAGGAUAUUUCAAUCAAGGGUACCCGCCACCCCCCCAAUACCAGGGCCCCCACUGUGAGCAUCACCAUUACGAUGGCCAUACUGGUUGUACAUCUUUUUUACGAGGCUGUUUGGCCGCACUUUGCUGCUGCUGCAUAUUGGAAGAAUGCUGCUUCUGA